AAGCAGUUCAUCCAGUGUUCAAAACAUGGCGCCGCACGGUGUGACGCUGCGAGGGGAGCUGAGGUACAGGGAUGGGGUGAAGAAGAACAUAGACGUACACAUAGAAGGUAACCUCACCUCAAUGAUCGUGGGCAUCAAGACACUUAGAGAACAAGUGUCAGACCUUCUCACAGAACUUACAGUGCAAGAAAAGGGGUCGGUCGCCGGUGACAAAGAGGAGCUUGGAUCUAGUGAUGAAGAUGAUGAGAGCGAUGAAGAGAUGGAGCCGAUGCACGUUUCAGAACCUCCUGCAAAGAAAUCAAAACCUGUAAAAAAGUGAUGGCCCUUUGAUCGUGGAUCAUAUCUUCCCAUGCUUUAUUUUUUAUUAAAUGUGCCUUUGAGGAACAUGUUAUACAUUUA